ACCCCCCGCACUGACCCGCCGUCGGCCCCGCCGCUCGCAGCUGCUCAGAUGGGAUCGAAAGUGAAAGUGUCGGAACCCGGGGGCGCUGGGAGGGGCCGGGGAGGCGAGGAGCAUCCGAGCCAGACGCGUCCCAGCUCCACUCGCCCGGAGAGGCCAAUGGCUGCAGCCGGCGCGCUGGAGCCGGUGGAGGAACCCAGCCGUGGUCAGGAAACGCGUCAGCCGGGCGUCCCCACGUGUGCGGCUCCGGGUCUGAAUGUCGGGGGGCCUGGAGGUGCCCGGACCCUGCUGGGAUGCGGGACACCCCCUGUCUGCACUGAGCGGGGCUGCGAAAAGCACCAAGAAACCCCCCCGGCGAAUGGGGGCUGGGAUCUCCUUCCCUCAUCAUCGCUGGGAGCCAUGACUGCCCCGGGCUCCUGGGCCUCCUUCCGGCCGCUCCCCAAGCUGACCCUCGGCCUGCUGGCCAUCAUGACCUUCUCCUUCCUCAUCCACCUAAGCACCCGGUUCCCCACUGCAAGGCAGAGGCUCCCCUCCCCGAACGCAAUGGAGGGGUCCCCGCCCCAUCCUAUGGAGCGGGGCAUGUGGACUGUGAACUCUGCCGGGCGCCUGGGGAACCAGAUGGGGGAAUAUGCCACCCUCUAUGCCUUGGCCAAGAUGAACGGGCACCAGGCCUACAUCCUCCCAGAGAUGCACCAGCAGCUGGCGCCGCUCUUCCGCAUCACCCUGCCCGUGCUCUCCAGUGACGUGGUCCAGAACAUCCCGUGGAAGGACUACGGGCUUCACGACUGGAUGUCGGAGGAGUACAGGCACAUCGAGGGGAAAUAUGUCCGGCUGACUGGCUACCCCUGCUCCUGGACCUUCUACCACCACCUCCGGCAGGAGAUCCUCCAGGAAUUCUCUUUCCACAACCACGUCAAGGAGGAGGCCAACCGGUACCUGGCCGGGCUGCGUGGGCAGCGCCGGAACGUGACCUACGUGGGCGUGCAUGUCCGGAGGGGGGACUACGUCCAGGAGAUGCCCAAGUUCUGGAAGGGGGUUGUGGCGGACAAGGCCUACCUGGAGAAGGCCAUGGGCUACUUCCGGGCCAAGUACCAGGAGCCGGUCUUCGUGGUGACCAGCAACGGGAUGGAGUGGUGCCAGGAGAACAUCAACGCCUCACAGGGGGACGUGUAUUUCUCGGGGGACGGGAAGGAGUCGUCGCCAGGGAGGGACUUUGCUCUCUUGGCCCAUUGCAACCACACAAUCAUGACCAUCGGGACCUUCGGCAUCUGGGCUGGUUACCUGGCUGGGGGGGAGACCAUCUACCUGGCCAACUACAUGCUCCCAGACUCUCCCUUCCUCAAGAUCUUCAAGCCUGAGGCUGCCUUCCUGCCCGAGUGGAUCGGGAUCGACGCCGAUCUCUCCCCCCUGCUCAGUGAUACGACUGGCUAAAGGAGCUCAGCC